AUGCCGGCGCGGGGGCUCCUCCGCGCCCUCCCGCUCCUCCUGGCGCUGCUGCUCGCCGGCCCUCCGUACGGCGCGGCCGCGGGCAACGGGACGUGCCCGCUGGACCUGACCUACGUGCCCACCUUCCCGUGGGACCCCGCCCCGUGCGCGGGGGCCGCGCCCAACAUGACGGCCUGCUGCCAGACGCUGCUCUCCGUGCUCGCCAUCGGCCUCGCCGGCCGGCUCCGCUCCACGGGCCAGUUCCGCGUCCCGUCCGCGGCGGCCUCCGCCGCCUGCAUCGCCGACUUCGCCGACGCGGUCGCCGCGGCGCCGGCCUCGCUCCCGGGCGCCUCGCUCGUGCACUCCUGCUUCCCGUCGCCCGACGAGUUCGCCGUCUCCCCGUCCUUCUGCGCCGGCGUCACCACCGCCGCCGAGUACCGGGCCGUCGUCGGGAACGCCUCCGUCGCGGGCCUGGACGCCGCCUGCGGCCCCGACCUCUCGUCCUUGCCCAUCUGCGACCGCUGCCAGACCGCCGGCAUCGUCGCCACCUCCCCCCUCAUCGCCGCCAGCGCCAACGCCACGGCCGAGUCGCAGCGGAACUGCUUCUACCUCACCGUCAUGUACGCCGCCGGCAUCUCCAGCGCCGAGGGACCCACCUCCCCCACCGCCGCCCAUUGCAUCCUCGGCCUCGGCCUGUCCACCCCUCCCUCCCAGCGCUCCAAGUCCAACAACGCAGCCAUCUACGCCACCACCAUCCCAAUCGCCUUCAUCCUCGCCCUGUCGGCCCUCGCAUUCUUUGUCUGGAGAAAGACAAGGCACGCCAAGAAGAAGAAGAGGAACCACACCAUCCCUGAGGAGGGGUCGGAGGACCGGCGUCCGCACCUAAGGCCCAACACCGGCUCAAUACUCUUCGACAUCGCCGAGCUGUCCAAGGGGACGGACAACUUCGCGGACCGAAACCUCAUCGGCCGCGGUGGGUUCGGAGUUGUCUACCGCGGCGUGCUCGCGGAUGGGUCUGUGGUUGCUGUCAAGAAGAUGCUCAACCCAGAAAUGGACGGCGGUGACGAGGAGUUCACCAACGAGGUGGAGAUCAUCAGCCACCUCCGGCACCGGAACCUGGUGCCGCUGCGUGGCUGUUGCAUUGUCGACGACGACAUAGAGGAAGGGAAGCAGAUGUUCCUGGUGUACGACUUCAUGCCCAAUGGAUCGCUCGAGGAGUUCAUCUUCCAGGACAGAGUAGGAAGCAGCAAGCGGGCGGCAUUGACAUGGGCACAACGCCGGAACAUAAUAAUGGAUGUGGCAAAGGGGCUGGAAUAUCUGCAUUAUGGUGUCAAGCCUGCGAUCUAUCACAGGGACAUCAAGGCGACCAACAUAUUGCUCGACAAUGAGAUGCGGGCACGCGUGGCGGACUUCGGGCUAGCCAGGAGGAGCCGAGAAGGGCAGUCUCACCUCACGACGCGGGUUGCCGGCACACAUGGCUACCUGGCGCCGGAGUACGCGCUCUAUGGACAAUUGACAGAGAAGAGCGACGUCUAUAGCUUCGGCGUUCUGGUGCUUGAGAUAUUGAGCGGGCGGCAUGUGCUUGACAUGACGGCUUCGAAUGGGCCAGUGCUGAUCACCGACUGGGCGUGGACGCUCAUCAAGGCUGGCCAGUCAAGGGAGGUGCUCGACGAUGCACUGUCGACGUGCGAGAGCCCAAGAGGUGAUGCCAUCGAAAGGUUUGUUCUUGUUGGAAUCCUGUGCGCUCAUGUGAUGGUCGCGCUCCGACCGACCAUCACCGAGGCGGUGAAGAUGCUUGAGGGGGACAUGGACAUACCAGAGAUACCAGAUCGGCCGCUGCCAUUUGGGCACAACUUUUUGAUGUUCAGCGAAGCUGGGAGCAACUUCAGCGCUUCUCCGGCUAUCAGCGGCCCUUUAAUGGAUAAUGGGGACAUGCUUAGUGGCCAUCAUCACUAA